CUAAGGAUGGAUGGGACUGGCACCUUCCUCUCAAGAGUCCUGAGGAUGGAUGGGACUGGCACCCUACUGCAAGAGUCCUGAGGAUGGAUGGGACUGACACCCUACUGCAGGAGUCCUGAGGGUGGCACCCCCUUGCAAGAGUCCAGAGGAUGUGGAUAGGACUGGCACCUUCCAGCAGCUGUGCACACACUGAGACACCCAGAGAUGCAGAGGAGGAGGAGGAGGAGGAGGAGAGCAGCUUUGCAGCCCAUCCUCUGGCUUCUGUCUAAUUGGUCCUGAGGGAGGCAGGAAAUUUGGGCAGGAGAGCUUCGCCUCCUCCACUACAGACAGCAUGUAAUUGGUCCUCUGUAUUUUCAUAUAAACUGGAGGGGAAUCAAAGAGCUCAGAGAGAGGAGAAGAGGAGCUGGGAGCAGCAGCAGGGAACUUCUCCAGGUCCUGAGCAUCUGGAAGGGGCCAGGAGGAGCCCCCCCACAUCCUUGACAACCCUACACAGGACUGUACACUAAAGACCUCCACAUCACUAUUGCCAUGCUUGGCUGAGAGCAGCAGGGAAGUUCUCUAGAUCCUCUACCCUGCCCAGGACUGGACCCUACAAACCCACAUAGCAUCAUCCCUAAUUCUUGGCUGGGAGCAGCAGGGAAGUUCUCCAGAUCCUCUACCCUGGUCAGGACUGGACCCUACAGACCCCCAUAGCAUCAUCCCUAAUUCUUGGCUGGGAGCAGCAGGGAAGUUUUCUAGAUCCCCUACCCUGCCCAGGACUGGACCCUACAGUCCUCCAGAGCAUCAUCCAUAAUUCUUGGCUGGGAGCAGCAGGGAAGUUCUCCAGAUCCUCUACUCUGGCCAAGACUGGACCCUACAGACCUCCAGAGCUUCAUCCCAAUUCUUGGCUGGGAGCAGAAGGCAACUUCUCCAGAUCCUGGGCAUCAUCAGGAUCCCCCACAUCCUUAACCCUUCCCAGGGCUGGACCCUACAGACCUUCUGAGCACCAUUCCCAUCCUUUGGCUGGGAGCAGCAGCGAACUUCUCCAGGUUUUGAGCUUCUGGAGAGACCAAGAGGGGCCCCCACAUCUUCCCAGGACUGGACCCUACAGACCUCUUCCUGAGCAUCAUCGCUAUCCUUGGCUGGGAGCAGCAGGGAACUUCUCCAGGUCCUCCGCAUCUGGAGGGUCCCCACAUCUUUAACCCUUUACUAGAGAACCGGACCCUACAGACCUCCUGAGCUUCAUCCCCAUCUUUGGCAGGGAGCGGCAGCAUUGCAUAUAGAAGAAACAAGGAUUUGGGAGGUGCUUUGGUGGCCCUGGGGGGCCCUUGGCUAUCAUCGCUUCUCUGCUCCAUCUUUAACCCUUUCCUGGACUUAUUCUACCUCCACCAGUCCUUCUCCAUUGGGCAGGAUUGCAUGAAGAUUGGCAUAAAGGGGGCACUGGGGGGAAGAUUAUUAUUACCCUCCCUCUCUAUUUGUACUCCACUGUUAACCCCUUCCUUGGUCUGUCUCCACCCUGGUAAAGCUGCAUUGUGGCAGGAGGGGAUCCAGGAAUCCAUUCACCUCCGUUGAUCCCACAGGUGGUGGCAGGAGGGGGUCCAGGAAUCCAUCCACGUCCAUUGAUCCCACAGGUGGUGGCAGAAGGGUGCCCUCUGCUGGAUGGGCAGGACGAGGCACCUGUUGGAUUCCGACAAUUGGCAUCUCGGGGGAUUGCGCUGGCAUCGGAUGGGAGAUAGAAGAGGAGGACAUCACAUGUACUAAGAGGGCAGGAGGGAGACUGGCUGAUCCCACCCUCUGCUCACCCUUCACCCUCUGCACACCCCACACCCGGGGGCUGCACACACACUGCCAGGGGGCAUUACAGGCGGGCGAUGUGAUCGGCUGUGGAUGGUCAGGCUCUUGGCACUGGAGAAGGGUGGCACUGCCUGGAUGUGUCUGGCUGCUGAUGCUGGGAGUCGGAAGGAUGGAGAUGUUGUGGAUCCUCUUCCUGUCUCUUCUCCCCGGGCGCAGCAGGGGACAAGGAGCCUACGCUGCGGCUCAGGCUCAGAUUAUCCAUGGCAGUCAGGCCUGUGUGGACAACAAUGACAAUGUGAGUGAACGGGUCUACACCAUCCGAGAGGGCGACACGCUGGUGCUGCAGUGCCUGGUUAACGGACAUCCCCGGCCGCAGGUGCGGUGGACAAAAACAGCAGGCAGCGCCUCGGAAAAGUUCCAGGAGACCUCCAUCUACAACGAGACCCUGCGCAUAGAGAAGGUUCAGAGGAUGCAGGGUGGCCGAUACUAUUGUAAAGCCGACAAUGGGGUUGGGGUCCCGGCCAUCAAGUCCAUUCGAGUAGAUGUGCAGUAUCUAGAUGAACCCAUCCUUACUGUUCACCAGACCAUCAGCGAUGUAAGAGGGAGUUUCUACCAGGAGAAGACCGUCUUCCUGCGAUGUACUGUCAGCUCCAAUCCCCCGGCCCGCUUCAUCUGGAAACGAGCCACAGAGACCUUGUCCCAAAGCCAGGACAAUGGGGUGGACAUCUACGAACCUCUCUACACACAGGGUGAAACCAAAGUGCUGAAGCUGAAGAACUUGCGUCCUCAAGACUACGCCAAUUAUACGUGUCAAGUGUCUGUGCGGAAUGUUUGCGGAAUCCCCGAUAAAUCCAUCACUUUCCGGCUCACUAACAAGACAGGAGCAGCUUGGUGGGGACGAGCAGGAGAUGACACAAUGGUGUAUAGAAGCAAGAGAUCCAUCCCGUCUCCGCUAUGGCUGAAAACAGAGGCCGCUCCGCCCAACUUGAAGUUGUCGGUGAACGAGACGCUGGUGGUGAAUCCAGGGGACAACGUCACUAUGCAGUGUUCUGUCACCGGGGGCGACCCUACCCCCAAAGCCGUCUGGUCGCACUCCCCUAAUCCCAUGCCUCCCAACAGCGUCAGCAGAGGGGGGAACCUGACCAUCUGGAACAUCCGGCCCCAGGAUUCCGGCUACUACAACUGUACGGCCAUCAACAACGUGGGCAACCCGGCCAAGAAGAUGGUCAACGUCCUAGUGAGAUCCAUGAGAAACCUGACAUAUCAGAUCACCCCGGAUGGCAUUAAGGAGAGCGAGACCAUCCAGCUGACUCAGGAGUUGAAGCUGUCUUGUCAUGUGGAUGCCGUGCCGCAGGAUAAGGUCCAGUACACGUGGUUCAAGAACCAGAAGGUGGUGAAGGAGACCAACAGGAUCGUCCUCAGCAGAAACGACCCGGAACUGCCUCCAGGGAGCAGCAGUCUAGAGAUCUUAGAGCUGAGGUUCACCGACUACGGCAUCUAUAUGUGCGAGGCGACCUUACCCAACCUGCCCUUUACCCUGAAGAGCGGUGACAUCAACAUCUCCACAGAGACAGUGCCGCCAUCGCUCAGCGUACCCAAGGAACGGGCAGUCAUCACGGUACGGGAGGGCUCCCUUGCAGAGCUGGUGUGUGAGGUGCGGGGGAAGCCGCUUCCUCCCAUUCUGUGGACCCGCGUGGACAAGGAAGGUGGAUUCCCCUCCGGUGAAAUGGUGGUGGAAACUCCCGACGGUAGACUACGGCUGGAAAACGUUACGCGGGAAAUGAGCGGGACUUACAAGUGUCAGACGGCGCGAUAUAACGGCUUCAACAUCCGGCCCAGAGAAGCUACAGUGCAGCUCAAUGUCCAGUUUUCCCCGGUGGUGGAGCCAAAGUUUCUGGACAUCCGGCAGGCGAUGAGGCGCAGUGUGUCGCUGCGGUGCAACAUGCUGAAAGGGAGCCCGGUGAAAGUGGCCACCGCCGUCUGGAGGUUCAACCGGAACCUUCUCGUUCCCUCUGUAGAACAGCAAGAAUUUUCUGAGUACAAGAUACCCAGUAUGAGCCAGGAGAGCAGCGGCACCUACGAAUGUAACAUCUCUAACGACGUUGGCUCUGACACCUGUGUCUUCCAGGUGACCGGCAAAGCCUUCAGCCCAGAAUUCUACUACGACACCCUAAACCCCACUGAAUCCAACAAGCAGUCUAGAAACUACUCAUAUUUGAUCCAGUGGACCCAGAAAGACCCCAGUGCAGUGGAUCCAGUAACGAAAUACAGACUGGACUGGAAACCGGCAAACACGAAGGGAACAAGCACGGCAACCGUGGAGGUGAAGGAUAUGAGGAAGGGCGUCCUCCAGAGGUACCGGCUCACCGAUCUCAAGAUUCCCCAGAGUUACGAGGUCAAGGUUACACCAAUCACCGCCUUUGGACUUGGAGACCCCGCCUCACGCAUCGUCCGGUACACAGAGCCUAUCAAUUACCCAAACCCAACCGCAGAUAACACAUGCAGUUUUGAUGACGAGAAGCUCUGCGGGUUUGUGCAGGAUAAAGACGACACCUUUGACUGGAUCCGCCAGAGUUUGAAGACGAAAGAUCCCAAAAGGACGGUGAACACGGGGCCAGAAAAGGACAACGGUGGCACCGAGGAAGGUUUCUUCAUGUUCAUCGAGGCGUCACUGCCGCGGAAGGCGGGGGACAGAGCGCGGCUCAUCAGUCCCAUGUACAACGUGACCAUGACCAAAAUGAAACCGCCCAAAGCUCCAUCGUACUGCAUCUCCUUCUAUUACCACAUGUGGGGGAGACACAUAGGUCGUCUGAACGUUCUGCUCCGAGCAUUUAAUACCGGCGACAUGCAGCUGUGGUCACUGAACGGCGACAAUGGCAACAAAUGGCAACUCGCUAACAUUCAGAUCAACCCCACCCGACCCUUCCAGGUCAUAUUUGAAUGUAUUACCGGCAACGGGAUGGAAGGCGACAUGGCCAUCGACGACGUCACCAUAAAAAGAGGAGAGUGUCCGAAACGGAUAAGCUCGCCGCAAAAACCUGCAGCACCUCCUGGCAAUCUGGCCCGUCACUCCCACUCAGGUUCUCUAUACUGGCUCCUGACUUUCUUCUUAUUCGUCCUCCUGAGAUGAUACUCCGCUGCUCCUGUUGGAUUCAGAACCAGGCCGUCCCAUCUUUUUGUACACUUUCCUCCUCGAUCCUCCUCCACCGACACACCAAAGUGUCAAGAUAUUACCAAAGACCGGCAAGCGUGAUGGCUUGAAGGCGCCAAACGAGAGACUGAAGACUUCCUUUGAGAAGUUCAAACGCGUCUACAAUACAUCCAAGGAGAGAGAGAGAAGUCAGGGAAGGCAUUGAUACAAAGUAGAAAGAGACGACAACGUCAGGACAAGGUGGAAGCAGAGAGGAAAACCCGGACGUGAUCUAACUAUUGACUCAGAGAUGCUAAGACUUGUCCACACGGGAGAUGUGGACUUCAAAAGAUAAUAAAAAAGGACAAGCAACAUUUAUAAAGAAACUAUAUUGAGAUUAUAAGCACAAAUUUCUAACAAACUGUGGAGACCGUGGCUGGGAGAAUGUUACCGGUACUCUGCCUUAGGAGCAGAAACUUUGUUGGAACGUCCCGGCUGCUGUAGCCCGAUUUUCUAAGUAGAUUCCUUUUCGCGUGCUGCUCCGUUUCACCUAUGCCCAUGUACAACCCACGCCAUUUGCAUGUGCUCCACUGCCCCUUAUGUACAUCGCCAUGUAACCAAGCGUCUUUAGCCAUCCAUUUUGAACAUGUUUACGCAUUUCAGGGAAGGGCGCACACCGACUGUCGCUCCCGGUGAAAGCAAAAGAUUGUAGACUUCAUCCCGAGUAUGGUUAGAGCAUAGCCAACGUUUUAGGUCUUCCCUGUGGGCACGUCAAGCGAAGCGCGGGAGUCGUGGGUCACGCCCAUCAUCUUACAGACCGUCCAAAGAUUGGAGAAUGCAGUUUAUGUAAUUUAGGUACAUAUAUAAAUAUAUUUAUUAUAGAAGGAUACUAAGUCGUAGAAAUGGCUGCUUGAAAAAAAAUAUAUAACAUUUAGCGUUCAAUGAUCUUCCUCCUUUCUGAAAAAAAAAACAGGCAUACCAGUGCCCCGUCCUCAGACUCAACAUUGCCUCCGUUCGUCUAUCAUUCUUCAUUUCCAGGUCUCAUGACAUUCGCUCUGUUCAUACACACUUCAUAGACCUCAGCAGGGGACUUCACACAGCUCAUGCAAUCAGUACAAUGACAUUUAGGAAAUUGUUACCAAAUCUGAACGUUUUAAAUAAACAGAUAUCUAUUUCUA